AUGAACCCAGGCAAGUUCUGUCCGGUCCGUGUUGCUGUUGCAGAACCCCCUCUAACCCGCCAUUCUAGUCCUGGUCGAUCGCUCCGUCGUGGUAUUCCAGGUCGCCCGGAGCUGUCAAUGGCCAGUCGCGGGUUUCGUCCCGCCAGCCCCCCAUAUUCCAGUGGCCGGCAGUCCGGCCUCAUCCCCGACGAUUGCACCCAGGAGACGCUCAGCAGUCGUGGCGGCCGGGUCACCAAGCCCUCGUCGCCUCGUACGAGUGUCACCCGCACAGACCGGUUUCGCCGCAAACCGUCCACGCCGCGGGGUCGCCGGACGCCGUCGACGACGCAACAUCAGGUUCAAACCCAGCUGCUAAAUCAAAAUCAGACUCAAAGUCAGAACCAGAGCAACAGUCAGAGUCAGAGUCAGACUCGUAGUCGUCGAGCUCGCUAUGAAGAGGCGGCGGAAUCCGCACGCUCCGGGGAGCGAAAUUAUGUGCAUAGCCAUGGCGAUCCCCGAGCAGAGCUUAAGAGAUACAAUUCGAUGCCUAAUGUGGUGCUAAGUCCGAAUGGAGGUGAUGACCAAGGUGGCGAAAUGGAACUGGAUGAACCCCCAUCAAAACAGCUGAAAGUAUCACCGACAGUCAAGCAUCCUGCAAGUCAAGGGCAGGAACAGGAACAAGAGCAGGAGAAGGAGCAGAAAAUGCUCUCUGCAGACUCCCCCGCUCCGCACAGCCAAUAUGCCAUGGUCAAGCAGCUGGACACCAACCCUAUCGGCGACGACCAAUUGGCCCAGGAAGUGCGGACUAUCUAUCGGGGUCUGGCCAUGGUCGAGCACAAGUGCAUGAAAAUCGACAAGGAGCAGGCUGAGUCCAAGGCGGAGCUGAGCGCCCCUCAAUGGCAGGCUUUGAUUUCUAUACAUAGCACCCUGCUUCAUGAGCACCACGAUUUCUUCCUAGCCUCACAACAUCCAACUGCUAAGCCUGAACUCAAAAUGCUUGCCGAAAAAUACUCCAUGCCAGCAAGGAUGUGGCGGUACGGGAUCCAUUCGUUCUUAGAAGUGCUGCGACAACGACUGCCCGGCUCGCUGGAGUAUAUGCUCAAUUUUAUAUACGUCGCCUACAGCAUGGUGACUCUGUUGCUGGAGAAUAUCCCGGAUUUUCAAGAGACCUGGAUCGAGUGUCUGGGGGACUUAGCGCGGUACCGCAUGGCGAUUGAGGAGUCGGAUAUGAGGGAUCGGGAAGUCUGGGCUGCCGUCUCACGAUACUGGUACAAUCAAGAUGCCGACCUGAGUCCCGAUGUGGGCCGAAUUCAACAUCAUUUGGCCGUGCUCGCUCGCCCGGAUGUUCUCGCCCAGCUCUUCUACUACACCAAGGCCUUGGUCUGCGUGCGUCCAUUCCCCAAUGCCCGCGAGAGCAUUAUCCUACUCUUCAGCGGCUUUCGCGGACAGCAGUAUACUCUGGCACCAGCUUUGAUUGCAACACAUAGUGUGAUUUUCAACAAAGGUUCGCCCACUCAGUUCGUGACUUUGGCAAAUAACUACCUGGCUAUUCUACGACGAGAUAUUCCCCGGCUGGAUCGAAAAGGGCAAGAGGGCGUCUUUGUCAUGUCUAGUAAUUUUGCGGCAAUUCUUCAGUACGGUGAACCGGAGCGCGUGAUGGCAAUGGAGUUCUCCCAGACACAACAUACUGCCGAAACGGCAUAUGAGCUUGCCCUUCACUGGACCGGCAAUGAUAACACCGAAAUGAUACACAACCCUGCCGAAGUUAUCUCGCAGGCACUUUCAGAGACGGCUAUCCGGGGAAGUGCUCUUGCAUUUCACUCUCUGUCUAUAUUCCUGGACUACUGGAAUGAUCAGAGUGCACAUCCGGGUAUCCACACUUCACUGGCGUUCAUCUGGUGCUUAGCCAUCCACCCACUCGCCAUGCAGCAACUCGAACCGAUGAUCCCGUGGCUCAAAAUAGUUCAAUAUUUGAACACUCAAUUCCUUCCUGACACCAAUCUCGAAGCUAUUGCGAGAAAUUCUUACCCUGAGCUGGGCGAUGGUCUCCCGCGACAGUUGCCUGAAGACUUCUUCAUUCGAGGCCAAUCGUGGAGUCAGCUGUACUACUCGGCGACCUUUUUUGACGGAGCACCACCGGAGGAAGAUAGGCCCUUCAUUGAGAAGAGCGGCAUGGACAGGCCAAGACGGCACCGAUGUCUGUGGCUGGGAGUUCGGAUAUCAACGUUCAACCGCUGGAUAACAUAUAACUGCCUUCGCCCCGAAAAAUUCGAAGCAACACAACUCGCACAUGACUACGCCCCAUUCGCCGCAACAUGUGGCGGCCUCGACAGCAAAUCUUGA